AUGGUAGUGACCACUACACGCGCGUGGCGCUUGGCGGCGAGGUUGGUUCCGCCAGGCGGAACUGGUGUGGCAGAAGUCCUGGAAGGCGCUUGGCACUUGACGGUUAUGGCAAACAGGAGAAGGAGAAAUGAUGUCGGAAUCGACGAGAUUGCACAUGCAAUCCACAAAAUGGUCGAUGAGAUGCAGCCGGUGGCAGUGCAACCGAGAGCUAUGGUUCCACCUGCUAGGGCAGUUACUAUGGAGGAUGUGCUGAGGCACAAGCCAGCUAAGUUUAGCGACAAAGCUACUCCUGAUGAGGCGCAACAGUUGAUGUUCACCACCUUUUUAUUAGUUGGCGAUGCCGAGUAUUGGUGGACGGGGAUGCAGGAGCAGAUGCAGACCCGACAAGAGGAGGUGAACUGGGUGUACUUUCAAAAGAGGUUCCUAGAGAAGUACUUUUCAGACUCAGCCAAACAUGCUCUAGAGGCAGAGUUCCUCACCCUACAGCAAGGCAACCGAUCUGUGCAGGCCUGUGUAGAUCGAUUUGAAUAUUUGACGAAGUUCUACUCGCAGGCGAUUACAGAAGAGUUGCGCUAUAGAAAAUUUGAGGAUGGAUUGAAGCACGAGUUACGCAGGUUCCUUGUACCCCUACGAAUCAAAGAGUUCCCUAUUCUGGUGGAGCAUGCCAGAACUGGGGAGGAGUUGGAGAUCGGACCCAGUCGGGUCAUGAAGACGCAGAAGAAUACCUCGGAUACCAGAAACUGUACCAAGGCUAUAGGAAGUUUAGGAGGUACUGCUGACAAUGUGAAGUGCUACAACUACGAGCAGAUGGGACAUUAUGCAAGGCAAUGUCCCAAUAAGAAGCCGGCCGAAGGAACACCACAACAGAAUAAACAACAAAAGGUGUUAACAAAGAGAUUGAGAGCUGCUGGGAGAGUUUUUGCCCUGACCAGCACUGACGCCAUUCAGUCAGGUAACCUCAUCCUCGACAAAUGUUUGUUGUUUAACCAUAGUGUCUUGCUGUUGUUUGACUCAGGAGCUACUCACUCAUUCGUCUCCAAGGAAUGCGUGAGUAGACUUGGACUGGUAGUCUGCGACUUGGGGUGUGACUUGACGAUCUCGACACCUGCAUCUGGGCAAGUCUCAACCAACUCAGUUUGUGUUGGAUGCUCUAUAGAAGUGGCAAGGCGCAGGUUCAAAGUGAACCUCAUUUGCUUGCCAUUGGAGGGACUGAAUGUGAUACUAGGAAUGGACUGGCUGUCAAACAAUCACGUUGUAAUUGAUUGCAGACAGCGCAGUGUAAUAUUCCCAAAAUCUGAAGGGUUAACCUUAAUCUCUACUCGUGAGGCACAAAAAGAAGAGACAAAAGGAGCCUCCUACUUCAUGAUAGUGGUUCAGACAGAGAAGAAAAGUACAACUGCUCUAAUCAGAAGCAUACCAGUAGUGGAUGAGUACGUAGACGUAUUUCUAAAUGAAGUUCUUGGAUUACCGCCAAGCAGGAAUGUAGACUUUGCUAUUGAACUUAUUCCUGGAGUUGGGCCAGUAUCAAUGGCACCAUACAGAAUGGCACCCGUGGAGUUGGCUGAGUUGAAGAAGCAGAUCGAAGAUCUACUCGAGAAGAAAUUUUUUCGGCCUAGUGCGUCACCUUGGGGAGCUCCAGUACUAUUAGUUAAGAAGAAGGAUGAGAGCUCAAGGCUCUGUGUGGAUUACCGUCAACUAAAUAAGCUGACGAUCAAGAAUAAAUAUCCAAUACCCAGAAUUGACGACUUGUUGGACCAGCUGAGAGGAGCAUGGUAUUCUCUAAAAUUGAUCUACGGUCUGGGUAUCAUCAGAUCUUGGUCAAACCCGAGGAUGUUCAGAAGACUAUCUUCAGGUCUCGAUAUGAAUCGGGAGGAACAUCCUGACCAUCUGAGGGUUGUGCUGAAUGUACUCAGAGAGCACCAAUUGAACGGGAAACUGUCUAAGUGCGAGUUUUGGCUGGAAAAAGUUCAGUUUCUUGGUCAUGUGAUCUCACCGCAAGGAUUUUCAGUGGACCCAGCAAAGAUUGAUACAGUAAUGAAGUGGGAGCGACCCCAAACGGUGUCAGAAUAA